AUGGCCAAUGGCACGACCCCUGUCCAGAGUCGACAGCCGUGCCAUGAUGUUCCUCAAAACAGCAACAGCGGGCAGGUUCAAUUGACCGAAGGACAGAGCAAGAUUGGUUAUAUAUGGGAUGAUACAGACAGCACCCAUUCCUUCCCACCUUGUGGCCAAAUUUGCAAUUUUUCCAUGCAUAAGAAAAAAGAAGACCUUUUCCUAAGAAAAGAAUUCAACUGUAAGAAUAUUUUUCUCAGAUUAAAGAAUCCGCCCGGGAAAGUUUACAUACCGCCCUUGAGACAGCCACCACCAGAGCUGCUUCUGGAUUUCACACAGAAUGGCAGUUUGGUGUUGAGUCCUAAGUACAAGGAUGGCACACGUACGGACCGAAAAGUACACCGUAAAUUGGAAGAAAUCAAAACUCUCCUGGCUGAUGAUAAAGUGAAAAAUAUCGCCAAAUAUGACCUACAGGGCGUUGGCUACAAGCAGGUUCUCUCCAAAUACCAAGAUCAAUUGAAAGGCAAGUCAGGAAUGGUUAUUGGAAGUAUAAAUCCUUGGGUUGAAGUCAUUUUAUUAAAUCUUGGUGUGAAACACGUGACAACUGUUGAUUACAACCCUGUUUUCUUUGACCACCCACAGCUGUCUUUCGAGUUUAUGUCAGAUUUAGCGGAUGAAAUCACCAAGAACCAAUCGCUCCUAAUGGACUUUGCUGCUUCGUUUUCUUCUUUGGAACACUCUGGUCUUGGUCGCUACGGGGACCCCAUCAAUCCAAAUGGCGACCUGGAGGCAGCAGCUCAAAUAUGGUGCAUGCUUAAGCCUGGUGCGUUGUUUUAUCUAGGUAUACCAGUCAACUUUGGCACUCCGGAGGGCUGGUUGGUAUUUAAUGCACAUCGUAUAUAUGGCGAAGCUCGGAUUGAACAGAUCACUGCAAAUUAUGAGAUACUCGAACGCACGCCGGUUGGUAGAUUGCAUGGUGUCUUUGUCUUAAGAAAAGUGCUUUGA